AUGCCCAAGAAUGACGAGGUCAGUCGCGGAUUGACUCUCAGUAUCCAGAAACUUCAAGCUGCACUUAAGAGCUAUGAAGCAGGGGAAAUCUCGCAAGAGAAAGUCGCAAGGCUAAAAGAGCUGCAAGGAGCUCUGUCGAGUGGAAUUCAAGAAAUCAGCGAGUUGGUGAAGUCAGAGCCGAUAAGUGGAGCUCCAGCGUUGGCUGAUAAGCAGCAAGACAGUCGACCAAGUUUUAGUAGGAAAAGGUUCUACAGCUCCGACUCUCCCUACCUUAACCGGAUGGAUCUGAGUAGAUCGUACCGACUGGUUCCUCCAAUGAAGGUCAGAAAAGCUACGGCAUCACCUCAGCCGAAACGUGUGUCCCCGAGCGAGUUUCUGCUCAGCAGUUUACAAUUGCUAGAGAACAUCACCAAUCUUCAGAGACUGGAAAAGAAGACCUCGACAAGAGAUGGACACUCGAAGGGAAGCCUCGCAGCAAAGGCUACGGUAUCACAACUUGAUCAAUCUGCAGAAACGUGA